UAGUAACCACGAAUAAAGUUACACAAAAGAGAACAUUCGUAAACCACUGAAGUGUAGUCAUAACAUUUAUAUACAGCUUUCUGUGUCUGUGUUGCCAUAAUGGAUUGUUAUUAAGAGUUAAUAGACGAGAUAUAAUUAAAAUGUUUAAAUGCCAUGAAAUAUACAUAUAUGGAAAAGCAACAAUAAAAGCUUUGAACAAAUGGCGAAUUUCAGUUCCCAAAAAAACGUAAUAUGUGGAAGAUCUGGAUGAUUUUAACCUGCUUGGCUAGAUGCUCUAUAGCUCAUGUCAGCUUCACCAAUCUGAAGUGCAAUAUGAUCGACAAAAAAUUUGGAAGCUUUGAAAUAUGUCACAUAAAAGCAGUGAAUCGAACGCAUAAAUACAUAGAUGUCAAUGUGAAGCUAAAUAUUCUUCCAAUUAAUAAUAUUAUGAUCAGAUUAGAAGCAAUGCGAUACGACAAUGGAUAUAGACCGUUUUUUAUGGCCAUGAAUUUCGACUUUUGCAAGUAUAUGAAGAAUCCAAGGCAAAGAUCAAUGAUAUUUUUGAAAGAAAUACAUUCGACGUUCAUCAAUGCUUCAAACUUAAAUCAUACUUGUCCUUACAAUAAUGAUGUUUUGAUUGACAAAUUCUGGACUGGCAAUCUUGAAAAUGCGUUCUUAGGAUUACUUCCCGUACCCAAUGGAGAAUAUGCCAUUUACUCAACGUGGUAUACUUCAAAAAUUCUUCGCUUGACAGUCAAUAUUUACUUUAAAAUAACAAACUGAAAUACUUUUUUAAGGAAAAGCAAUAAGGCGUAUGUUUUAGGCGUGUGUUUUGAUUUUGUUGUGUUUUUCUUUAUUUCACGACACGUAUUAAAUUCAAUUCAUUUACUAAGAAAACCGUAUUUAUCUGAGGCUCUAAUUUAUUACAUUUUGUUAACCCAAAGACGUAUUUCAC